AGAUUAUUAUUGCCGGACAGUUGGUACACUUGGAACGUCUGACCAGUUGAAUGAUUGGUACCACUGCAUCUGGUGUGAUUUGAUUGCUGAUAAAACGUCAAAAUAAUGAAAUACGUCAUAUUUUUGAACGCCGUUUUGGCGUUUUGUGCAUUACAGGUAUUAUCACAAGACAUGAACAUGAACACAACUCUAGUGAUGAGUGGUGGAGCCAACAGCUCUAUAGAGGGAACACCCUGUAGGGAGAGGAUGAGGAACAUGACGAUGAAGUGCGCAAAGGACACUGGAGCAACUCAGGACGACGUGGACAUAGCCAUGCGUAUGGAGAUCCCUACCACGGACACGGGGAAGUGCCUUAUCAAAUGUCUUCUGAAAGGAAGAGGAAUGAUGACUCCAGAGGGGGCGUUUGCCCCAAAUACUACAGCAGAGUUCCUCACUAUGGCUUACAGAAACGAAACUUUGAAAGAGGAGUUUAAGCAACUAGCAAACUACUGCUAUGAGAAAUUAAAAAUGCAACCGAUGAGUAACUUGGAUAGUUGUGAGUUCGCGUACGACAUCGCCACAUGUACGGAGGAAUACCAGAAAUCCCUGUUUUUACGGAAUCCAGCGAUGGCACCUCCUGUGAACGCCAUCACAACACCAUAGAUCACCAUAACAGGCUACUUGUCACCACAGGAUGGGCUUCAUGACAAAUAGGCAACAAGGCUUCAUGAGACAAUUUUAUGUUUAUUCUUAUAUUACUUCUGUAUGUACUUAGUUCGCUAUUCAGUUGUAGGAUAUAAAUAUUUUGUAGAUUUUAUUUAUUUUCAAUAAAAACACAUAUAUUCGUUAGA